GGCGGCCGUCACGACGACGACGACUCCGUUAUCAAACUACGAGUGCGCUUCGAUCGAAUCUUAUUCAAGAGAUCUCGACAACCCGCAUGCACCCAGCACAGCAUCAUGCGAGUCCAUCUGGCACAAUCUGCAGCCAGCUGCUUCCUCGCGACAAUAUUGCUAUUGCCUUGUAGCUGGGCAGGACCUCAGUCACAACAGCUCUCCCAUGAGUUCAAGCGGUUGCAACAGAAUGGAGUGCAGACCCCUCAUAUAUUGUUCGUUGUUCCGGAAGCUCCUCAAGCGGCGGAAGGUGGUCUCGAUUCUCAAGAUGUAUCCGAAGAAGUGGCCUCCUCAGAAGAGCGUGGACCCGUUAGAGAUUUAUCUGAACCUCAUUUCGUUGGUGAUACAGAACCAGAACACAGUCACUUCCGACCAGUGCGUUUCCAGGAGCCGGUUCCCGGGCAUGUCCUUCAGGAAGAGUCGCCUGGCCCAUUGCCAGAGCAGGGUCCUCCGUAUAUCCAGGAGCCUCCAGGCUUUGACUCGCAGUAUGUCCCACAGAGGCCAAUUCCUCAUUUGAUACCUUCAGUUCAUGGUGGACAAGUACCUCACGGAAAAAGUGUUAUUCUGGAUUUUACGCCAAAAAAAGAAAGCCCAAAUCUAGGCGCACAUACAGGCCCAUAUCCAAAUCCUCAUCCCAACCAUAAUAUACAGAAGGGCGCUAAUCAACCAGCUCCAGGCCAAGACUUUGUUAUCUUGCGCAUCUUUAAUGAUUCUAGUCAAUCAGAGGUGAAUCGUCCAGUAGACUGGAAUAUUUCUGAAACUAUUGAAGCACCAAUUUUUCGGGAAUCAUCAAAUCCUGUAGAGUUAAUCCCAAACCUGACCGAUGACGCUUCACAGCAGCCUGAGCAAAACAAUAUAACUGCUUACUCUGGCGAAGCCCCACCUAAGGAAGUUCAACUUAUCGCUAACUCUGAGAUCAGGGGGCCACGUCUUGUCCUGCCCAUAGCUGAGAUAACUGAAUCAGCCGACAUCGUAGGUGGUUCAUCUGCCGACGCAGAUAAGGGCUCAUCUUCAGGUGGGGAUCUCCCCGCAUCGGAUUCAAUAUCAUCAGAAUCCACUGAGCAACCUGCUUCUAAGAACGACUCCCCGCUCCGAAAUAAGACUCUUAUGAUUUCCAUCGCCACCGAAGCUUCCACAACCACAACAGUCUCAACACCUGCAUUUUCCACCAGAAAUGUAACGGAAGUGUCUGUGGAACAAACUUCCUCAUUACCUUCUUCGCAGUCAGAGAUGUUUUCAAUGGUACCCGACACUUUGAGCUCAAGCCUGUCGCCCUCGAGUAAGUCCGACAAAAUUGUCGUCUACAUGUCAAAUGGACCCUUCGACAUUCUCCAAUUUCCUUCAGCACAGAAUUACACGGAAACUAAACAAAUCGCCACAGAAAAAGAUCGACACAAAGAAAUAUCGUCAAUGAUGGGCGAGAAACCGACGAGUACCUCAGAGGAUUCGUCUAGCGUAACCGUUUUCGAAAGUCCUUCGGAGUUGGAGCCAGUUGUAGUACAAUGGUCUGAGGGAUUUCCUGAUCAUGUUUCGAGCUUAACUUCCAAGGUCCCUGUUCCUACAUCCGCGACCACUGCCAGUCCUAUUGUGGAAGUCGAAAAACUAAGCAGUACCUCAGUACGAGUUCAACUACCCAAAGGGAACCUAUCUAUUGGCUUGAGUUUGGACAGUGAUGCUGAACCCACUCCAACCUCUGCCCACCCAUCGCUGAAAACAGAGUCCACUACUAAUUCGUCAACAACUUUAACUGAAGCAACGGUACCCCUGACAACAGAGCUAGAAAUCUCGGUGAGCCGGUCACCAGGAGUUACGGACCAGGAAGAUAUUCAAAUUCUGACAUCAGAUGCUGCACCCACAACGAUUGGCACCAUGGCUGAUACAGUCUCACUCGGUCAAUCUAACAAGGAGCCAAGCAUAAUUUUGAGCAGUUCCACUGAGCCUACUACUGCCUCGUUUACAACUCUUGCAUCGACAACCGAGGUUUCUCUUAGUACAGAAGCGCCUCAAACGACAGAGACGCCCCCCACUAGCUCGAUUGCAACAACAGAAGCUCCAACUACAACAGACGUUUCUGCAACUACGACAGCCGUUCCUACGACGACUACGGAAAUCUUUAUGAUUACACAGUUACCCACUACCACUCAGUCGCCUACAUCCUCGCAAGCCCCCAAAAUGAGUAUAAUGACUACUGCACCCACAAUCAGCAUAACGACAACACCUGCUCCUAUCACGACGAACACAACGACUACGACCAAACGGCUGCCAACAACGAGAAAAAGUAAGGAAGACAUUCCACAUCCUACUUCUCCUUUACCCACUUUAACUCUUGACGAAGACCCCGCCCCGAAUCCUACUGACCCCAACAAGCCAAUGUCAUUCCCGGUGAAUGUAGCCGAUUCCGCUAACGACCCCGUAUUUGAUUACGACACAAUAAUGAGCCAGGCAAGUUCGACCACGCCCGUAAUCAGUGCAUUCUCAACGUUGCCAUCCCCGGCUUACGUCCCGACGGAAAGCACUAUCGAAACAAGCUCUCCUGAAGUAACUGCUAAUGAAAUCGGUAAUGAUACCGCAUUUAUUUCAGAAACAACGGCUGAGCCUCCAGUAUUUGAUACUUCCAGCCCGCCAUCAGUCGCUCAUCGAGGUCAGAGGCCGAUAGGCGCAUCCAAUUCACCGUUCCCCACGGACGGCCCUCCGAAGUAUUACGAACUACCAACGGACAGGGAUAAACCUUCGACGUUCCCCACGCAGACAAUUCGUACCCGUAAUGGCCAAAUGAAGGGUAUCGUCUUUAAGACAUCUAGUGGUAUCCGAGUAAAUUCGUUUCUUGGGAUUCCAUAUGCACAGCCGCCGAUAAAUGGGAUGCGUUUCGAAAGACCAAUGGAGUUUCCACCAUGGACCGGCGUAUUUGAGGCUAAAAAGAUGCCAAAAUCCUGUCCUCAACCGAGUAUGCAGCUGAACGGAUUCGUUGGAGUCAACAUGAGCGAGACAAGUGAGGACUGCCUUUAUCUCAACAUUUGGAGUCCGUUCUGCGACGGAUCGAAGAAAUGCCGUUCCCGACCGGUCGUAGUGUAUAUUCACGGCGGCGGAUUCGUGUACGGCGGCGUGAACUGGCCAAUCUUUGAUGGAGCGGAGCUUGCUGGGAAAGGCGACAUUGUCGUAGUGACCGUCAACUACCGACUGGGAGCUUUAGGGUUCCUGUACAUUCCAUCAAACGGAGGUCGGCCGGAACGCGCCAAUAUGGGUUUGUAUGAUCAACACCUGGCUUUGCGCUGGGUGAAAUCGAACAUUAAGGCAUUCGGAGGCGAUCACAGCAAGAUCACUGUGAUGGGCCAGGAUGCUGGCGCCGCGUCUGUUGGGUAUCAUAUUCUAACGCCAAGGAGUACGGGGUUAUUUAAGCGGGCUGUCAUGCAAUCAGGAAGCCCUUUUAGUUUCGUAUUGCGAAACACCAAGGAUCAAGGCGAAACGCUAUUCCGUUCGUUGGCUAGCUACACCGAUUGUUUGCUCAUGCAUGGUAACUCAUCACUGCGAUACGAUGAUGUAUUAACCUGCAUGAAGAAACUGCCAUUUGAAAGCAUCAUUACGGCUUCGGAAAAGUUCAACGGUAAGGGCGCUAACUCGUUCUUUCCAAUUCUCGGCGAAGAGUUCAUUCCGAUGAAUCCUAAGGACUCACUGUUGCUCAAGCGUUUUAGUAAUGUCGACCUUCUGGUGAGCACCGCAAAACUGGAAGGUGCCUUUUUUCUACAGCAUUUCCUAUCGCCAUUUACUAAUAUCGCCGACGCAGACAGCAUUAAACCGGAAGAAAUUAUCUUUUAUCUCCGCGUAUUUCUCAGUGCUCUUCUUGGCGGUAAACCCACAGCGUCUCUUAACCAGUAUACUCAGAACACCGAGCCAAAAACCCGCUCUGAGAAGGUCGACUUUCUCCGAAAUAUUUCGGCGGUUAUUGGCGAUUACCCGUUUGUCUGUGCCACGACCGAAUUCGGCACUGAAUAUGCCAAUUUACGUCACAAUGUUUACCAUAUGCAGUUUGAUCAUCGGCCUUGGUUCCUGCUGCACCCAACAUGGUUUUCAGCGACCCAUUUUGACGACGUCAUGUUCUGGUUGGGAGCGAUGUAUAAACUUAAGGAGCGCUCGAGGAGCGACGAGCGUGUCGCUGAUGAGCUUACGGCCAUACUAACUAGUUUCGCAAAUAAGGGAACACCUCAAACUCUUGGCAAGUUAACAUGGCCACGCAUCAAUCAGGGCGGAUAUUUCAUGAACGUUGCGUCCGAGUUCACCGAACUUUUGCGUACGCCUCCAGCUGAUUGCAACUACUGGACGCGACAUUUUCCUCAAUAUUAAACCUCUAAUAAAUAUAUCUAAUCGAGGACGAGAGGUCUAGCGAUUACGAACUAUACUAAAGUAAUAUUGAUCAAUUGCCCAAAAGACAACCUCGUGCUGCCAGUGCAGACACAACGAAUACAUCCGCGAUUAUCCUAUGUUCCCGUACCAAGCACGCAGUAACAGGAUUCGUGUUGUUCAAAGUCUUGACAAGUUGAGUUUGUGCCGUUAUCAAAACGUGUCGCGCACGUUACGACAAGAUUGCUGUGGUGAAAAGAACACGGCUUGAGGAGAAUCUGUCUGCUUCGAUAUGCCUCAAGACUUUAAUCGCGAACUCAUUCACAGUAUCCAGACCUCACCGCAGUCGUACCGAUAACCCAGGGUGUUCGGCAAACUCUAAUCCGGAUUGCCUUUGUGCCUUCUGCAUCACAUAUAGCCAUCACCCUGCUUUGUUUUCAUCACACGUCUGAACACAGAUAGCUCUCUUACUUAAAUCGUUUAUUUUUCAUCGACAUCACCCCUAUAUCCCUAUAUACUCGCUUCAGUGUGCUUGCCACCUUUGCAGACGUGACGCUGGGUUUCGCUAUGACAACCCCAUUUCAGCGUGCAGAGCCUAGUCUCAACACGUAAUCUUGGUAGUGCCAUGUGCCCAAAUCGGAUUGUGCACGCUGAACCGUUUAACAGGAUUCCGCCAUCGUUCUCUCUCUUUUCGCUAGGGAACUUGGACUUCAUCCUUGCGACCCAUACUAAACCAUACAGAUAUAUGAAGUUAGCUCUCUUUUUAUAUUUAUUUUAUGCAGUGCCAGAAAAACAGUGAUUGUGUACAUAAUGUGACUAUAUACAAUAUAGAUACAUAUGAAAAUGAUAGUAAACAAUGGUGGUGCUAAUGACCAUGUUAAUGAUUAAUAAUAUUUAAAAGAAUAUGAUGGUAGGCCAAUACGAGAAAAAAAGGAAAAGUCAUGUUGAUAUGUUGUUAACAGCAAGAUACAAAUAAAAAUUAUUUAUACAUCGUUGU